AUGACCAAUACAUUCCAACCCAGAUUUCUCCGCGCGCUAUUCCCGCAACAAUUUCCCGAGGGCCAGAAAUCUUCAUCUUCACAUCAAGCUCAUCAUCGCAAUAAACGCGUUAAAUAUAUUCAUGAACCUUCAUCGGUGCAAGAAGAUAUUUUCGAAGAAUAUGAUGCGGUGGAUACAGUCGAUACGAUAGAUCAGGGAGGGGAAGAUGAUGAGAAUCAAUUAAGACUAGAACAUAAAUCGUGUGCGAAAGCGAUGAUAAGAAGGAAGAUGGCGGAACGAGUUACGAUCGAUCCGGAUGGUGAUUUGUUAUUGAUAUUGAAUGAGCGGAGGAAGUGUAGUAAGAGGAAGAUUGAGGCGCUGGCGGUGGUACCGAUUGAUGAUUCGGGGAUUGGGAUGGAGAGGGGGACGGAUGGGGAGGUGGCGGAGGUUUUGGAAACGGUAGAGGAAGAUUCUUAUAAUGCAGAUGUGGAGAAGGAGAAGGAGAAGAAACCGAUGGAAUUGAAGGAAAUACAUAUGUUGGUUUCGUCGAAACAUAUGGUUCUCGUCUCGCCGGUUUUUAAGGCCAUGCUUCAAUGGAGUAAUUUUAAGGAUGGAUAUGCUAUGAAAGCGCAUGGAAAAGUUGAAGUUCCAUUACCGGAUGAUGAUCCAGAAGCUAUGAGGAUACUGGUGGAUAUCGUUCAUUGUCAUCAUAAAGAUGUACCGCGAAAGGUUAAACUCGGUUUACUUACGCAUCUGGCUAUUUUGGUGGAUAAGUAUAGGCUACAUGAAGCUGUGCAGAUAUAUUCCGAUAUGUGGAUUUCCCAUGCGAAAAAGAGGUUUCCCUCUUCGAUGGCGGAGGAUGGGACGGAGGUUUGUCUUCAGUGGCUUUGUAUCUCUUGGGUUUUUGAAAAGAGUCGGGAUUUUACGGCUAUGACGAGGAUAUUUCAACAAGAGAGCACGCAGAGUUUGUCGGAAAUGAUUUCCGAUUCUGCUUGGGAUAUUCCUGUCCCUACUACCGUAAUAGAUAAUAUCGAGCAAGACCGAAUCAGAGCUCUCGAUGAAGCAAUCUCCGCUCUCAGAGACACAAUAGAAACCUAUCAAACCUCCACCCUCGUCUGUCGAGGUCGUCCUACACAUCUACCCAUAGAUCAAAUCCCUCAACAUAACAAACAAUGCGACGCCAUGGUUUUAGGAAUGUUGAUUAAAGAAGCUAUUUAUCAUAAUCUCUAUCCACUCCCCGAAGCACCAUACACGGGUCAUUCAUUCAUUAGCAUCUAUGACAGUUACCAAAACUUCGAUAUCAAAAAUGGAUGUGAAGUCGUCCUCUUGUGUAAUUCCCAUCCGGACAAGGAGGUCAAAGAAUCGAAACAUGUUUUUGGAGAUGUCUUGAUGGAUUUGUUGAUGCCGAUUGAGGAGAGUUUGGGGGGUUUGGAACUUAAUGGGUUUAAGGUUUCUUUGGGUUUGGUUUGA